AUGUCAUCCGAACAGUCAGGAUUUCAACUCUCUGAGGAGCAGUUGGAAAUUGCUAGAAAGUAUGAUUUAACCGAGAAGUUUGUCAAGUUCUUGGACCGUCACUUGGUCUAUACAUUGAUUGAGAACUUGGAGUACACUCAUGAUCCACAGGAAGUUGAAAAAUGGGAGUACCAGCUUCUAAAGGAUACAUACAUGACUAAAUUCAUUGAACAGAAAUGGCUUGAUCUUCAUCCUGGUGAGUCUCUUCCAAAAGAGUUUGAGGAGAAGCAGGAUAAAAUUAACAAGGAGUUAGUUUCUCUCAACGAGAGCACCAAAAAGACUUUGGAGAUUCUAUCGUCUCAGGAGGUGCAGGAGAAUUUAAAGCAAGACAAGUCAUAUAACAGAGACUACUUGGCUAAGAACCACUCUAUUGAUGAUGAGAAGAUUUUUGAGUUGUACAAAUUUGGUAAAUUCCAAUACAACCGAGGAGAUUAUGUCAUGGCAUCUGAUUUGUUGAACAAUUUCAGAUUGCUUUCCACCAAUCAGGAAUUAAACUUUAGUGCGACCUGGGGUAAGUUGGCUGCGGAGAUCAUUUCGUUUUCUUGGACAGAGGCCUUAAAUGAGUUGAACAAGUUGAGAGAAGUUAUCGACAAUAGAAACUAUCAGGGAAGUACGCUAGACCAACUUAACAAGAGGACCUGGCUUAUUCAUUACUCUUUAUUCAUCUUUUUUAACGGCAACUUCACCGCUUCUGAUGCUGCCAAGGCGGAAGAUGCUGCCAAAAUUGCCGAAGAAGCCGCAGAAGCCGCAGAAUCAGCCGCUGCCGGUGACUCAGAAGAAGAAAACGAAGCUCAAACCGAGGUUGAGACUGAAGCUUCUGCAAAGGCCGAAGAAGCUGCUGAGACUAACAGCUUUAAGAAGGAAAGAGAUGCAAAAGACAAGUAUAAAGGCCUAUCCACAAUGGUUGAUCUUCUUCUCUCCUCUUCAUACAUGUCUACUAUUCAAGCUUCUUGUCCUUGGAUACUCAGAUAUCUAAUUGUUGCUGUGUUACAGAUGAGACAGUAUAAGAGAUUGAGAGAUAUUGUGAGGGCCGUCGACGUGGAAACCUAUGAAUUUCAAGAUCCAUUCUCCAAACUCGUGCAAACCUUGUUUGUCACUUGCGAUUUCGAUAAUUUAAGUAGCAUAGUCGAUGAGAUCUCGGUUUUAAUUGAGACUGAUUUCUUCAUCAGCAACUUGGACGGUGAAAGAUUAAUGCUCAAUCUUCAAGAGCUUAUUUUUAACACAGUGGCCAAAAUAUACAAAGGAAUAACGGUGGAAUCUUUGGGCAAGAUGCUCAAUCGGGACACUUCUGAUGUUGAGAAGUUUUUAGAGGAACAGAAGGAUAAAGUGACCUUGGAGGAAGAUGGUACGAUUUCCUUUAAUAGACAAGCGCCACCUUCAGUCUACCAGCAGGUCUACGAAAAGACUAAGGCUUUUAACUUUAAGGCCAACCAGAUGUUGAACACCGCUUUCAAUAAGGCUGAUUGA